AUGAACUGCAACAUCUGUCAAAGGCCGCACCACUCCCAACGGCUACCAUUUCUUUGCGCCGUGGAUGCCCGCAACCACUGCUAUGAAGGUCGUCUCAAGAACCUCCAGACGUUGAUGGAAAAUGAGAGUCUCCAGCGACAGAUCAACGACUUGCUGACUCCAAGCACCGCUAACGAUGCCCCUAAUCGAAACAUCUUCCUGGAAACAUCCGUGAGCGAGCAGAAGAAGUCUGAAGACCGGACAAGCGAGAUCAUCGCCCAAGCAGAGAAACUGAAAACUGAAAUCGCAGCUGCCAAGAAGGAAAUUGCUGACCGCAAGGCUAUCCUAUCCCGCCGAAAAUCGGAUCUUGAAUCCGCUUCGACUGGAAUCGCUACCCGGAGAGCCAGACAGUUGGAAGAAACCGAACGCUCUAUUCAGGUUAAUAAGUAUAAAUGGAAUCGCAGUGCGGAUAAUAUGGCUAGCACUCGAUCGUUUUUGUGCAUGGAAGCCGCGAAGUUAUAUGGCCUUCGUCGGAUCAAGAAAGGUUCUUCAUCCCGAUACGACUUCAAGAUUGGAGGAGUCGAUGUCAUUGACCUCUCAUCCAUGAAUGCUGCAUCUCCUGAGGUGUUAUCCACGUCUCUCGCCAACAUCGCGCACAUUGUCGCCCUGACAUCGCACUACCUCUCAAUCCGCCUCCCUGCGGAGAUCACAUUGCCACAUCGAGACUAUCCACGCCCAACGAUUUUUAAUCUCGCAUCAUCGUAUCAACACGGUGACAUACCCUUCCCGGGAACUUCCGUGAUUCCUAGCUUUGCUUCAGAUGAGCGAGACGGCCAGCCGCAUUAUGUGCCGCGGCCUAGGCCCCUUUAUGUCGACAAGGCGCUUCCGAUUCUGGCGAAGGAAGACCCUGCUGCUCACUCCCUUUUUCUCGAAGGUGUCACCCUCCUGGCAUAUGAUAUCGCCUGGGCCUGUAGCACUCAGGGGGUAUCCGUUGGCGAUAAGAGCUCCUUCGAGGAUGUUUGUCACAUGGGUCGCAACUUGUACAAUCUUCUCAUCGGCCAGCAGCUCCAUAGCACUCAGACAGGCCGCAUAUACCCCCCUGUGGCUUCGUUGCCUGCAGCGAAACACGAUAUCCCUGAGCAGGAAGAGAUUGGAAAGACCUCGUCGUGGAUGGGUAGAUACUCACAUGGCACAGCCCAUACGUUCCUCGGCGGUGCGGACGGUUCUGAGUUUAUCCGAGGCUUCAAACUGCCCAGCCCACUGAAGCUUGCAGAUAGGCUUAAGAAGAAGUUGAUGACCGAGGUGGCAGUACCGGAGUGGGAGGUUCUUGAGGACGAUGCUUGGGCAGUGGAAGAGGGAGAAAGUACGCAGAAUCGCACGAGUGGCGGUGGGAACAAUGGCUGGACAAAGGUCAAAAACAGAUAG